CCCUCCCUCCCUCCCUGUCCCCUCCUCCUCCCCGGCGCCCGCUCCCGCGCCCCGGGGCCCGCAGCCGGGCCGGGCGCUGACGAGGGCUGGGGUCGCACCGCGGCGGCCGCCGUUCUCGCGCAGGUCGGGCCCGGCCGCGGAGCGCCCGGCGCGGCCAUGGAGCGGCCCGGGGCGGCGUCGGCGGAGGCGGAGGAGGAGCUGGAGUGGCGAGUGGCAAGUCGCCGGAGGAAGGCCUGGGCCAAGUGCCGCAGCUCCUGGCAGGAGUCGGAGACGGAGGACCUGUCCACCGAGGCCACGACGCAGGACGAGGACGACGACGACGAGGAGGACCUGCCGGGCGCCAAGCUGCCGGCGGCCGCGGGCAGAGGAAACGUGCCCAACGAGAAGAUCGCGAUAUGGCUGAAGGACUGCCGGACACCUCUGGGAGCCUCACUGGAUGAGCAGAGCGGCAGUACACUGAAGGGUGUGCUCGUGAGAAAUGGAGGUAGUUUUGAAGAUGAUUUGUCACUGGGAGCCGAAGCUAACCACCUCCAUGAAAAUAAUGCUCAAAUUGAAAACUGCAGUAAUAUCUUGGCCAAAGAGAGAAGGCUCCAAUUUCAUCAGAAAGGGAGAAGUAUGAAUUCCACUGGCUCUGGGAAAAGUAGUGGGACAGUUUCAAGUGUUUCAGAAUUAUUGGAGCUUUAUGAGGAAGAUCCUGAAGAAAUUCUUUAUAAUCUUGGAUUUGGACGAGAUGAACCUGAUAUCGCUUCUAAAAUUCCUUCCAGAUUUUUUAAUUCAUCAUCAUUUGCCAGAGGAAUAGAUAUUAAAGUAUUUUUGAGUGCUCAAAUGCAACGAAUGGAAGUAGAGAACCCAAAUUAUGCUUUAACAAGCCGUUUUCGUCAAAUUGAAGUACUUACUACUGUGGCCAAUGCAUUUUCUUCUUUAUACUCCCAAGUCUCAGGGACUCCCCUUCAGAGAAUUGGCAGUAUAUCUUCAGUGGCCUCUACCAAGGAGACAGACACGCCUCCACCCUUAACCCGAAGUAACACUGCAAAUCGUUUAAUAAAAACACUAUCGAAACUAAAUUUAUGUGUUGAUAAAGCGGAGAAGGGAGAGGGUAGUAGUCCUCCUGGGGUUGAAAAAGGGAAGAUUUUCAAUGUUGCACUAGUGGAAGAAAGUGGCAAUAAAAAUGACCAGAAGUCUCAAAAGGUAAAGAAGAAGGACUCAUCUUCUGUGUUGGCUACAGUUAAAGAAGAAGUCUCAGGUAGUUCAGCUCCUUCUAAGGAGGGUGCUGACCCUGGCAGGCUUUCUGAUGAAGCAAACCGUAAUUUUAGCCAAGAAACUGAUAGUGAGCAAAGUAACAAAACUCAAAAUCAUGAGGAAUCUGGCAUUGUAGAACCUCACAUAGCUAGUGAUUUCAGUGUGUCCAGCCCCAGUCAGCUGGAAGACAGCAGUGAUCUGAAACACAUCCAUGUGUCCACACCUGAGAAAGAACCUUGUGCACCGCUGACCAUCCCCUCCAUCAGGAAUAUAAUGACCCAACAGAAGGACUCCUUUGAAAUGGAAGAGGUUCAGAGCACAGAGGGAGAAGCUCCUCAUGUUCCAGCUACUUACCAGCUAGGCCUCACUAAGUCCAAAAGAGAGCAUCUGUUACGUACUACAAGUCAGCAUUCUGAUAGCAGUGGUUUUGCUGAAGAUUCUACGGACUGCUUUUCCCUUAAUCAUCUUCAGGUCCACGAGCCUUUGCAAGCCAUGGGGAGUAGCGCUGAUAGUUGUGACAGUGAGAUGACAGUCACGUCAUUUGGUGAAGACCUUGUUACACCAACAACACAAGAGCAGCCUUAUUUUAAUGAGUCAGAGGAAGAGUUGCCAAACCCUCUGCAGAAAGAAAGGGAGAAGGCGGCAGCAGCUGCUGACAACAGAGAGUCGGAUAGCCAGGAUUCCCCUCAGUGCGAGCCUGAGGAGAGUGUGAGACACCAGCCGUCCUCUUGUCCUCCUGGGGAUCCUGUGACUGAAGCUGCUGAGGUGGAACAGGGUUCAGCUUCAGCACCGACAGUGGAGCCCCUGAGAGAAGCAAGCAUUGAAAGUGAUGUGGACCGAAGUAGUGAGUGUGAAUUUCCCCAGUACAACACACACCAUAUCUCUCAAUCACUGGCUUCCAUUGAAGCUCAGUGCAGUGAUCUACGCCCUGAGAAUACAAGUGGGCCUCUCUCUUCUGUGGACCGAGUGAAUACCGCUUUGCAGAGAGCACAAAUGAAGGUUUGUAGCCUGUCUAAUCAGAGGGUUGGGCGGAGCCUGAUCAAAUCCAAGGAUCUGUUAAAAAAAAGGUACUUACUUGCAAAAGCUGGCUAUCCCCUAAGAAGGUCUCAGUCUUUACCAACGACCUUACUGAGCCCCGUCAGGGUUGUGUCCUCCGUCAACGUCCGGUUAUCUCCCGGGAAAGAGACCAGGUGCAGCCCGCCUUCUUUCACCUAUAAGUACACACCUGAAGAGCAACAGGAAUUGGACAAAGAGAGCACUGCCCCUGAUGGUCAGUCUUUAGUCAAAUCCACCAUUUUCAUCUCUCCGUCGUCUGAGAAGAAGGAUGAAGAGACCUCCCGGGGCGAGGCGAGCCAGGUGGAGGAAUGCCAUCAUGGAAGGACUCCUGUCUGUCCCCAGUUUGCUCCUGAGCGAAUAUCUCAGUCCACCUGCUCCCUUCACACUCUGCACGAGUGGCAUGACAGGCCGCUGUGUGAGCACAUGAGAACGCUGAGUACGCACAGUGUCCCCAACAUCCCGGGGGCCACCUGCUCUGCCUUCCUGUCCCCUCUCGGGUGUCCUUACUCACACAGACAUGCUGCAUACCCGUGCCGAGCGGCUGCCGUGAAUCCCCCUUCCGCCAUAGAAAUGCAGUUGCGAAGAGUGUUGCAUCAUAUUAGAAACUCCCUGCAGAACCUUUCACAGUACUCUGUGAGAGGACCUGACCUUGCUGCUGCUCCAUACAGUACUCAGAAAUCAUCUGUUCUACCUCUUUACGAAAAUACUUUUCAGGAGCUUCAAGUAAUGAGGCGGAGCCUGAAUUUGUUUAGAACACAAAUGAUGGAUUUAGAAUUGGCAAUGCUGCGCCAGCAAAACUUGGUUUAUCACCAUAUGACUGAGGAGGAAAGGUAUGAAGUUGAUCAGCUGCAGAGUUUGAGAAACUCAGUCCGAGUGGAGCUGCAGGAGCUGGAGCUGCAGCUGGAGGAGCGCCUGCUGGACUUGGAGGAGCAGCUGCGAGCUGUGCAGGUGCCGUCGCCCUUCCACUCCUCCUCGCUGAUGGGAAUGUGCGGCAGUAGAAGUGCUGAUAACCUGUCCUGUCCUUCUCCAUUGAAUGUAAUGGAACCAGUUGCGGAGCUGAUGCGGGAACAGUCCUACCUGAAGUCUGAAUUGGGUCUGGGACUCGGAGAGAUGGGAUUUGAAAUUCCUGCUGGAGAAAGCUCAGAGUCAGUUUUCUCCCAGGCCACGUCAGAGUCAUCCUCUGUGUGUUCCAGUCCUUCACACCACGCCAGCAGAAGAGCUGCGGUGCCUGGGCAAACGGGGGGCAAGCGCACAGCCCAGUCAGUGGCCAGAAAGAAAGUGUUCCGGGCCUCAGUGGCCCUGACACCAACCGCUCCUUCCAGAACAGGCUCUGUGCAGACGCCUCCAGAGCUGGAAAGUUCUGAGGAGGCUGGUGUGGCCGAGGAAGGCGUACGGGUUGUGGGACCGAACUCUGACAUGGAAGAAGAGUGUGCAAAGCUCUCAGUGAUGCCAGCGGCUGAGGAGAUGCAGAGGAGCGUGGAGCAGAACGAGUUGCAGCAAGUCAUACGGGAGAUUAAAGAGUCUAUUGUUGGGGAAAUCAGACGAGAAAUUGUAAGUGGACUUUUGGCAGCAGUAUCUUCAAAUAAAGCAUCAAAUUCUAAGCAUGAUAGUCAUUAAAUGGAAUCUUUAGAUUGACCUGGACCCUGCUAGCUGGUGAACAUUAGAGUUAUUGGUGCUGUACACUGGUGAGGCUACCUGUUCUUCAGAAGCUACGUUCGGCAGAGUUGGGCUGCUAUAUACAGUGUACAGUGUAUAAUUUUUCUCUUGCUGUCUUUUUUAAAAACAUACAUAGAAACUUAGGCACUUUGCUAUUUCUUCUCUCAACUACCAAAAUCGUGGCACUAUGAAAAGCGUAGUAUUUAUUCCUGUGUGCAUAUUUUUCCAGUCAGUUCCCUUUAUAGAAUUAAUUAUAAAACUUGAAGAUUUCUAGACAUAACCAACUUAUAAAUAACAUGUUACUUCAAACUAGCUUCUUACAACACUGACCUCUAUGAGGUAUUUACUGUGCAAUAACUGAUUCAUUUUUUGAGAGCUUGAAGCAACCAAUGAUUUUCCCUCCACUGCUGUUAAUUAGGGUCACUUCCAAGAAGACAAACUGUUCAGUUGUAAAAAUUGCUCUUAGUUCUUGAGGAGGCUACUAAUAGCAGUAGUAUAGAAUUACAUGAGGUUACCUACAACUACUUAAUGUUCUUACACUGUAAGCUUUGUUCCUUUACCCAAAGUAAAUGUAAUUUUAUUACAGCUUAUGUAGUAUUUUUUUUUUCUUGGGGAAAUGUGCCUUAUGUUAAACACUAUGUACUUUUUGCAUUGUCCAGACUUCUUAUUUUAAGGAGAUGUUUCUUCUGUCUCAUAGACUAAAUAGUAGAACUUUGUCAGAAUAAUGGUGUCUAUGACUUGAAUGGGUAGAAAUGAAUAAGCUGGUUUUGUUGUUUUCAAAGUGGAAGUAAUUUAGAUUUGUUCUCCUCAUAUGUAAAUGAUUUUAAUUCAGUUUUAACCAGUGUAAACUCUUUGUCUUUAUGAAAGAAAAAGAAAAUAGUUUUCUCUUUGGUUUUGUAUGUGUUGAAUAAAUCUGUAAAGUAACAGCCACAUGUUGUUGGAAUUAUUCUUUUAGCAUUUAUAAUUUUCAAUUCCUAUUAUGUUUCUUCAUGUGUGAAAUUUUAAUCAAAAAUGGUUGAGAUGUUAACACUGUUUUUGAAAGAAUAUCUCAAAGGUUUAUAAAUGUUUGAAAUGUCACACAAAACCUGAUUUCUAAAAAAAUUAAAACAAUAAAGUAUUUAUUUUGCCUAAAA